GAGAGGUCGGGUCAACCCAGGAGAACUGAGAAGGGGACGGAAGCACCUCAUUAACUACCAAUUUUCUCGAUUUUAUAGCUUCUCCAAUCAAUCACAGUUCGACAGUGCGCUGUACAAUCAUGUUGUCACCAAUCAGAUUGGUUCCGGGACGUGGUCAUGUUGCUGCCAGUGCUUUCAGGCAACUUCAAAAUCGAUCUGUGACAUUGAGCUUGCAACAAUGUAGACCUGUAUUAUCUACAGGGUGUGUGCAUGAGCUGUACAAAUCUUAUGAAAGAGGUAUCUGUUCUACUGUUCCAGUGUAUACAACUAACAAAACUGGCCAUGGACAUGAUGCCAAUUGGGAACGAACACAAAACCGAGACAAAGCUUACUUUACCCCAGGCCCUCUGGAUCCCGAAGUAAUCGACCCACACAUCCCUGACCAUGCCAAGAAAUUGUUCACCCCAGGUCCCCUGGGCGUUACCAAGACAACCAAGGCUGCCAUGAUGUUGGACAUUGGACCAUUUGAUGCUGAGUUUAUCAAGUGUUUGAGUUUCAUAAGAUCAGAAAUGAUUAAAAUUGCUGAUUUAUCAGAUAAGGACUACACCACUAUUUUGUUACAAGGCAGCGGGACGUAUGCUAUGGAGGGGGUGUUACAAACCAAUGUGCCUAGGAAUAAUCCAAAGGUUUUGGUAAUAGAGAACGGCAUAUACGGCAAGAGAAUGAGCCAGAUAUGUCAGAUUGCUGGGUUCCCUUUAAAAGUUCUAAACUUUCCUGAAAAUGAACGCAUUGACUUGGCCGAAGUGGAAAGGUAUCUUCAGAAUAAUCCUGAUGUCACAACUGUGGGUAUGGUACAUCAUGAGACCAGCAGCGGCAUUCUCAACCCAGUGGAGUACGUCGGAAAAUUGGUUCAGAAAUAUACCCCAGGAGCAUCUUUCUAUGUCGAUGCGAUGAGCAGUUUUGGUGCGAUCCCCCUUGAUCUGGAGGAUGCUGGCAUCGAUUUCCUAACCGUCUCGGCGAACAAGUGUAUAGAGGGUGUUCCCGGCUUCUCCUUUAUACUAGCUAACAAACGGAGGUUGAUGGAAUGUGAAGGCAAUUCUCGCUCGCUAAGUUUUGAUCUGGUUUCUCAGUAUAUAAAAAUGGAAAAAGAAGGGACAUUCCGUUUCACACCAGCUACUCAUACACUACUGGCAUUUGGUCAGGCACUGAAGGAAUUCCAGGAAGAGGGCGGUGUUGAAGGAAGGGGUCGGCGUUACAAGAAGAACAACAAGGUUCUUCGAGAAGGGAUGAAGAAGAUGGGAUUCAAAGAGUUCCUGCCAGAAGGGCUCGGCAGCUUCCUCAUCACCACCUACACGUAUCCAAAACACCCUAACUUCAAUAGUGAGGCAUUCUUCAAGAAACUAAACGAUAAAGACCAGAUGAUCGGCCCAGGGGCAUUCACCGCAUGCCCGACCUUCCGAAUCUUCAACAUUGGUCAGAUCUUCCCACAUGAUGUGCGUCACCUUCUCAAAUCAGUUGAAACAGUCUGUCAUGAAAUGGAGCUGAAUCUUCCCCUUCGAGAAUAAACCAUACUGCAGAUUUAACGCUUUUCAAGCCAAAGUGCCUCAAAAAGCUUUACAUGUAACAGUAGAUUGAAUAAGUGAGGAUGCCUGCUUGAGCCAAUCAGAAUGGGAGUUCCUAUCCAUCUGCAACAAUGGACAAAGACAACUCGAAACAAUCUGUGGUUUUGUGGAGAUGCAUUUGUAAUGAACAUCUGGAGACAAAAUUGAUUAUUACUUGUUGUUUCUAUGCAAUUUGAUCUCCGAUUUGGUAUAGAUGACAGCAUUUGUCAGUACCUGUCAAUCAUAGAGAGGUUCUACUGUAGAAUACAUUGUAAGUUUAUAAGGAGGGCGUGCCAAGUACUGUUAGUGUUAAAUGGCAUAGUCGGAUCUCAAUCUGAUUGUAGAUGUAUGUAUAAACACAUAAAAAUGUAACUUUGUGUUAUGACCGCCAGAUUGGUAGGGCCCCUCUCUCUCGAGUCUCUCAUGAAGAGAAUGACCAGUGUACAGUGACAUCAAGUUCCAAAAAAUGCAUUCACUGUUUUUUAUGAUAGAUAUGUGCUCAGUAGUAAGUUUAUUAUGAUUUCUUGGUUACCAUAACUGCCAUUUAUUGAUUUAAUAAUUCCUCGUGCUUGCUCAAGUCUGCCAUAUGUAACUGAGGACUUUAUCUAGUGCAUGUUUUAUAUAGUAGGUCUGGUCUUUUGAUAGCUAGCUCUGCCAGUUUUGUGUAUGUGUGGUCAUACUGCUUUGGCUCUAGUUUUGAAAUACUUUUCAUUUGCUGUCAGUAAAAGUUGAUUCUUAUGUAGUUCUAUUCUGGUCAUUCCCUGUCCAGGUUCGGCCUGUAACUCAGGUGGUUGUCUCUGUUUGUGCUGUCAUUCUCAAAGUAGGCCCCUAAGAAAACCCAUAGAGAAAACAAGUGACACAUGGACAUGAAGGAGAGGUGUGCGUUUUCGUAGCUUGUGCUUGGGAGGGGGGGUUAAUCGAUCGCUAUGAUUCUGGUUGCUUCACACGUCUAUGGUUACUUAAGAUUCUUGGAGAAGAGAACUACAGUGAUGGUGCCCUGUAUUGACAGAACGUGUGUCUCGGAAUGAUGUUGUCAAUAAAUCUCAUUCUGCAGGCUGCAUAGGAGUCUGUCUUGCUGAGUGACGGAGCUAGUCAUGUUAGAACCAUGCAUGUAUCUAUGUAAAAUGAUAUUUCCUUGUUGCCAAUUUGUACCAUUAUUCAUUAGUGUUUCUUUGAUAGUGCCAUAAUUCUUUAUCAAACCAAAUAAUUUGGACCUGAACCAUACCCAGUGUGUUUGACAUCUUCAAGGUAUUAUCUUUUUCAAAUAUCUGGGAAAUAGAACUCCUAGACCUGUGCCUGACACGUGCUGUCCUCUUCUAGAGAUGUCCAGACAUAGGUUUGGUGUUGAUACCCAGUGUCAAUGGCUUUGUCAACACAUGUAUGUGUGUGUUCUUAUGUUUGACAUCAAUUUUUCGACUUGUAUACUGGCAGCUAUAGAGUUAAUGGGCUUAAGGGGGACUAUAGGCAGGAGUCGGGGGAACAUCUUGGUUGUCUUCGAGUUUCUAGGUGAUGGUUAAAACCUGGGUUGUGUCCGAUUUAGCAAUAGUUACAUGUAUAUUCGUCAUAAAGGAGGGACCCUAUCGGUGAGGUGUAACUUUAUAAUCUUGCUCUCCCCUAAAUAGUGUUUAUCGAUACAUGUACGUAUAUCUAGCUAAAUGACUUUCCAUCCAUCCACUUUUAGAAUUAGUAGUGUCUAUGCCAUGUACAUGGUGUUAGUAAAGGUAAUUAGUUGAUUAGUUGCAAUGUUCAUAAACAAUUUUCAAGCAGACAGUGUAAUUCAGCAUAAGAAUGUCUUCCAAAUUACCGUCACUUCCGAGAGUCAGUGGCAAGUCAAGUGGCACAAUAUCCUCAUAAAGUAUCUGUUGUUUUAAGGAGAGUAGUUUCAUCGGUACUUCUUGGUGUUUACAUGUAGAAAGUUUAACAGAAUGUCCUCUUGUCCUAACUUGCUGGUGCUUGCACUGACAACAUUCUCAAACUGAAUAUUGUUUAACUUAUUUUGUUGCAUUUAUAAUGCUCACGCCAAUGUUUUUGAUGUAUAGUGCCAUGAAGAAAUUAUAGUACAAUUUAUCCACUUAAAGUUGACAAGCAUUUGCUGUAUAUAUUUUCAUCGUGUGAAAAGUUUAACUCAAGUCUUGUUUUGUCAUUUUUCAUUUCUCGAACUCUCCCAUUAGAUGUUACAUGAUGCAGAUGAAUCUGUACUUAGUUUCCUACACAGUGGUUGUGAAAGCAUUACAUGUAUUCAGCAGACUGUUGAAAAAUAGGUUGUGAACUUACAUAUGUUUGUUGACACUGGUAAAUCAUAUUGAAAUAGUUGUCAGAAAGAAAACGUUUCUUUGGGGUAACAAAUCGCAAGUUUGUGAUGUGAGAUGUGAUUAAGAGAAAAUGAUUGAAACAGGAAAAUAAUGAGGUGUAGAUGGUCAGUUUCAAUUAGGUAGAAAGUAUUUCGCAUGGAUAUUUUGUGUCGCAGGUGUCUUGAAUAAAUUUAGUGUGUGAA